GUCGGCUCUCGCGAGAUCCGGGCCGCCGAGCGCUCGGGGCCUUUUCAAAUCGCGAUCCGUUACCGCUCCGCCGGCCGCCGCCAUUGUAGCGCUCGGAGCCCUCAGCGCGGCCGAGGCGGAGCCCGCGGCGGGAUGGCCGAUGCCGACAAGCCCGAGGCGGCCGCGGGCGACGACGGUCCGCAGCAGCAGCAGCCGGCCGAGUCGCGGCGAGACCCGCACCCUGCCGAGCCCGAGAAGCCGCCGCGCAGCAGCGCCAACGGCGUUAAAAUGGAGAAUGAUGAAUCAGUGAAAGAAGAAAAAUCUGAUUUAAAAGAAAAGUCUACAGGAAAUAAGAAGGCCAAUCGAUUUCAUCCUUAUUCAAAAGAUAAGAAUUCGGGUACUGGAGAAAAGAAAGGUCCAAAUCGGAAUCGAGUGUUCAUUAGCAACAUCCCCUAUGACAUGAAAUGGCAGGCCAUUAAAGACUUGAUGAGAGAAAAAGUUGGUGAGGUUACAUACGUGGAGCUCUUUAAGGAUGCGGAAGGAAAAUCAAGGGGUUGUGGUGUGGUUGAAUUCAAAGAUGAAGAAUUUGUAAAGAAAGCACUAGAAACUAUGAACAAAUAUGACCUUAGUGGAAGACCUCUGAAUAUUAAAGAGGAUCCUGAUGGAGAAAAUGCUCGCCGGGCACUACAGCGAACAGGAACAUCAUUUCAAGGAUCACAUGCCUCUGAUGUGGGAUCUGGGUUGGUGAAUUUGCCACCUUCCAUUCUCAAUAAUCCAAACAUUCCUCCUGAGGUUAUCAGCAAUUUGCAGGCUGGUAGACUUGGUUCCACAAUUUUUGUUGCUAAUCUUGACUUCAAAGUUGGUUGGAAGAAGCUAAAGGAAGUGUUCAGCAUAGCUGGAACUGUAAAGCGGGCAGAUAUUAAAGAAGACAAGGAUGGCAAGAGCAGAGGCAUGGGCACUGUCACUUUUGAGCAAGCCAUUGAAGCAGUUCAAGCAAUUUCCAUGUUCAAUGGGCAGUUUUUAUUUGAUAGACCUAUGCAUGUGAAAAUGGAUGACAAAUCUGUCCCUCAUGAAGACUACCGCUCACAUGAUAGUAAGACAUCACAAUUACCACGUGGUCUUGGAGGCAUUGGAAUGGGACUUGGUCCAGGUGGACAACCUAUCAGUGCCAGCCAGUUGAACAUAAGUGGUGUAAUGGGAAAUUUGGGUCCAAGUGGUAUGGGAAUGGAUGGUCCGGGUUUUGGAGGAAUGAAUAGAAUUGGAGGAGGAGUUGGGUUUGGUGGUCUGGAAGCAAUGAAUAGCAUGGCAGGAUUUGGUGGAGUUGGCCGAAUGGGAGAGCUAUACCGUGGUGCAGUGACUAGUAGCAUGGAGCGAGAUUUCGGACGUGGUGAUAUUGGAAUAAAUCGAGGCUUUGGCGAUUCCUUUGGUAGACUUGGCAGUGCAAUGAUUGGAGGGUUUGCAGGAAGAAUAGGAGCUUCUAACAUGGGUCCAGUAGGAACUGGAAUAAGUGGCAGCAUGGGUGGCAUGAGCAGUGUGACUGGAGGCAUGGGGAUGGGACUGGACCGCAUGAGCUCCAGCUUCGACAGGAUGGGGCCGGGGAUUGGAGCCAUACUGGAAAGGAGCAUUGAUGUAGACCGAGGUUUCUUAUCGGGUCCCAUGGGAAGCGGAAUGAGAGACAGAUUAGGCUCCAAAGGCAACCAGAUAUUUGUUAGAAAUCUACCUUUUGACUUGACUUGGCAGAAACUAAAAGAGAAAUUCAGCCAAUGUGGUCAUGUUAUGUUUGCAGAAAUAAAGAUGGAGAAUGGCAAGUCAAAAGGCUGUGGGACAGUUAGGUUUGAAUCCCCAGAGUCAGCUGAAAAGGCCUGCAGAAUAAUGAACGGCAUCAAAAUCAGUGGCAGGGAAAUCGAUGUUCGCUUGGAUCGUAAUGCAUAAUUUCAAGCAUGGUUGGAACAUUCCUUCGUCUGUUUAUUAAAUCUCCUAGUAAAAGUCAUUUUUUUAGUAAUGUUGUAUGCUUACAAAUGCUGUAAAAAUGAACUUUUAAAAUUCCCACCAGCUUUUAACAGUAUAAUGUUGAAAAAUAUACUGUGAUUUUCGUUAUCUCAAGUUUGCGUUUCUAAAGUUGGCAAGUCUGGUCAUUGAGUUUCAGUGGAUGGACACACCAUUUUUAAUGAAAUAAGCAGGCAUUUUGUUGUUUCCAGUAGUAGGGUUUGUUUUAAUUUCCCCAAUCUUACUGUAAGUUGACGUCCCCCCACCCCCCCAAAAAAAAUCUCUGCUUUGUAUCUAAUUGUUAAUGAAAAGAAAGGGCUCAGACAAAUUAGGAUAUGAUUUUGGUUUGGUUUAAAUUACUUUUCUCUGCUUAUAAAGAAUAGUAAUUAAGUAUUACAUUCUAAAGUUGAAGAUGUUUCUUAUUUGACCUAAAUGAAGACCUGGUUUUUCUUUUUUGUUUGUUUUGUUUUUCCUUUUUUGUCCCUCUACCAUUUCCACCUUUCCCACAUAACACUAUUAAAAGUAUCAAACUCCACAGCCCCUUAUUCGGUUACUUCCAAUAAUUCCAAGUUCAUAUAGAACUGAUAAGGUAGCAAGUCCUAAGUAUAACACUAGGCAGACCACCCCCAACUUUCGGUCUAGUUUCCAGCCAUUAAAAUGAACUGCUAAGAACAAAAAAAUAAUCGAAGUGUUGAGAGAGAUGGUUAUGUAAGUGAGGCCCUUGCUAUUCACUUCCACAGGAGCAGAUGCAUUGGUAAAUGCAGUCUUAAUAAACCAGGGAAGACCUAGGCAUAGCAUAUCAAACACAUUGGAUCCCACGAUGUUAGAUAUAGCCAUGUCUCCUUUACCUGCAAAAGAACAGCAUGUUGUUAAAAUGUGCACACUGAUAUUAUAUUUUAUUAAUAAUCUUCAUAAGAAAAACACUGGAUACUUUUUGUUGGUUAGUUUUAGAAAACUGUUAUUGUUAGAGCAAGAGUCUUAUUGAAUUUGUAUUUCCUUGAGUUAGUAUUUAAAGUCUUAACAUUUAUUUAAUAAUUACCUUUAUUUAUUAAACCAUUUUUAAUAAGGUAUGCAGCUUACUUGUUGCUUUUCAUUUUCAUUUGACAGUGAAUUACCAUCUAACGCACAUUUCAGAUAAACAGUCUUUGGGGGAUUGGGUUGAGGGAAUUAACCUUAAUUAAAAACUAAAUGCUUCCUGUGAGUCACUUCUUUUUUUCUUCAAAGUAUGUUACUGAGGAAGUAUUAUUACCUGUAAUUUCACUUGCUUUAUAAUACUCAAGCUCAAAGGUCAGCCAGUGCAUCUGGGAGACCUCCAGUCUUACCUUUUCUGGCAACUAACACGCUGGCGACUGUGUCUGGUAUGCUUGUACCUGCUGCCAAUAAAGUAAGGCCCAUUACCGUGUCUGGGAUCCCUAGUAGUUCCCCUGUCAUAGACAGAGACUACAGGUUACAAAUCACAGAUCUUACAUAAAAUCGGUUUUAAGACAGCUUGAAUGCUUCCUCCCUAUUCAUGAAAAAUAUUUAAGUAGAUUGAGAUUUUUGAACCAAUAUAUGCUUAUGUGGUUUCUAGAUGGCAAAAUAUUUAAGACAGGUUGAUAGUUUGGAUAACAGGACAGCACCCAUUUUUAAUGACAGAUAUCUGAAGAUAACGAGCAACCAAAAUUCUUGUAAUGAGAAUUCCUCAUAUUUGGCAUCUUGGGGAAGCUGUGGGUGUCACUGUUGCUUGCUGUAUGGUGAACUGAUCCUUUACUUACUUUCUCUUUUCUUGAUGUUUAUUCAAGUAGUUGAGCGUUAGGCACCCUAGAGAUAUUUUCUCCAUUGUUAGAUUGAAAUGAGGACUUUGAAAGGCUACUUUGUUUACUGGGGGUUGUUUUUGUUUCUUUGUUUUGUUUGGUUUUAAGGAAGUGCAUAGAUCUCUGAGGUAGACAGGGACCUCCUUUCCUGCUUGAGUCUAACAUACAGCACCAAUUUCUUAAUACUUGUGUCAAAUUGAUAGCAGACAUGGGUUCAUUUUGAGAAAGAACUGGAGGGCUGUUCAAAAGGGUAGGGACAGGUAACUUCUUUUACUGUUGUCAUUGCAAACAUGGUUAGAGUAAGUGUAGUGCUGUUGGUCGUCUUAGUUACUCAUCCUUGAUCUUGUAUUUGAUUCUGCUCUUCCUAUUAAUGUCAGCUAUUUGGACUGGGAAAAAUUGGAUACAGUGAAUAUGCAAGCUACCUGGACAUUCUUACCAUCUUCAUAAAAAAGAAAACUAUUAUUUUUGUUUGUUUGCUAGCAUACAAUUAUAAUAAAGUUAGUUAUCUGGGAGAAGUUGGAGUUAGCUAGUUUCGAGAAGGGGCCAAGUAGUGAUUAUUUCAAUUUUGCAGUCUUUGUGGUUUCUGUUGUAAUUCUUUAGUCCCACCAGUGUGAAAACAGCAAUAUAGACAUGUAAGGAGAUGACUGGACCCAACUGUGGUCAGUGAGUUUCACUGAUACAAAUGAAACAGGUUGGAUGACUUCUGCAUAUCAGAAGGUGAUUGAUUAUUCAUUUCUAAUGUAAGUUCAGGUUGCUGUUUGAGAAAAUCUUAAUUUUCAUUUCUAUUUAUAGUCAGUUUUUCCUUGGGUGGCAGAGCAUAUUAUGGCUAAGCAGUAAAACUUACUUGAGAAGAUACUAGAAGCCUAAAACUAAACUCUUAUACUCACUUAGUCAUCUGCAUUGUGUUUUCAUUGCCAUAUUGUAAAGCAAAAGAAAACACCGUCUAGUUAAACAGCAAGCACCUAUUUCUUAUCCCAAACCCUAGUCAGUUCUUUUCUUUAUUUUUCACUGUGGAUUAGAAUUCAGUAUGAAGAGUUCUCAUGAAUCCUGUGUAAUUAUAAAGAUAGCUUAUGAAUAGACCCCAGGCUGUGUAAUAGUGGGAAAUGCCCUUGGCAUAUAACUCACAAAACCUGAGCUUGUUGGGCUAUGAUAUUAAGCUUUCAUCUUUUGUAAACAACAUUAGUUUUUAGUCUUGCUGAAAUGAUGUAUGCUCCCGAGACUACUUUAAUAUUUGCAGUUUCUUCUUACAUGAAAUAAUUUUCUUGUUGUGCUAUUAUACUUAAACUACAUACCUGUUACUGUGACCAUCCAAACCAGGAUGUAAGUGAAUGCAGAUAUCCAUAGUGCAGACAUGAAAAAGGUUAUCACGAAGUAUUUUUUCCAAAACUUUCUUCUGCAAUCUGGUGUUGUCAGAAAAAGUAAUGUAAUAAUAGGAAGAGAGAGUACCCAAAAAAUUCUUUUUAAGUCUGCUUCAGGCAUGCUGAAAAUACUUGGUGGAUCUGUUGUGGAAGAAUUAAACAAUUUUGAGUUUUCUUAAAUGACCAGUUAUGCUAGAAAGGCCCAUUUAGAAUGCUGUGUUGAAAUAUGUUACUUUAUACAUUUUUGAAAGACUAUCUACAACAGUGCUUCUCAACCUGUGCAUCAUGAUCCACUUUGGAGGAUGAACUACCCUUUCACAGGGUUCACCUGGGACUAUUGGAAAACAUAGUUAUUUACAUUAAGAUUCACAAAAGUAGCAAAGUUACAACUAUGAAGUAGCAAGGAAAAUAAUUUUAUGGUUGUGGGGUCAACACAACAUGAAGAGGGUUACAGCAUCAGGAAGGUUAAGAACCACUGAUCCUAGAAUAUUUGAAUACUUCAUUACUGCUAUUGAUGGUCAAAAGAAACUGAAUGGAAACUCGGUGAUGGUCAGCUUCCCCUCACCGAGGGCUUGACUCAAAUGUCUUGAACUGUUUCCUGGAUGUUCUGGUGACAGUGUUUACAGAGUAAUAGGGGCGAAACUUGCUUCACUGCAGUAUGGAUCAUUAGGGAUUUUGUGCUUUUAGGAUUAACUUGGCUACCCACCUCCCCAAGCUGUUUCACUCCCUGCCUUUUCCAAAAUUGAUGAGGCUUGGGAAUGUUCCAUCCAGUUCUCAUUGUCUCAUCAUUUACUAAAUAAAUGCUUCACAGUUGCUAGAAGGCAUCUAGAGAAAGUUGGGCCUAGUGGCCUCCUGGUCUAGCUCUGGAGUGUGUGCUCAGGGGACAGGGAUGACAAGUAGAUUGGAUAAAAGUGGGCCAAGCUGUGGACUAAUUUUAUGACACUUAGGCAAAGAUUGGAUCAAAUCACAAAUAUUGUAAUUCAUAGAAAUUUACCAAAACUCAAACAAUGAAUUUGAAGAUUAAUUUAGAUAUAAUUUUAACAUGGCUAUUUUGACUGAUAAGCUUUUGAGGGUUUUUUUAUUGUUAUAAAUCUCUUCUAUCUUAAAGACUACAAAGUAUGUUUUGUAAUGAUAAAAAAGGUCAUGUCACUUUUUUAAAAAGUAUUAAACUAGAAGCUUCCUAAUCGCUUAACUGAAAUUAGAAUCGCUUCGAUAAAGUUUUCUGGUCAGAAAUGACAUUGUCAUAUUGAACAUCCCAAGCUCAUGGUUAGUUUCUGCUUCACACGUUUCAGUCUCACCUGCUUCUUUUCUUUCUAUUCCCCCAAACCACCCCCUUUCCCUCAACUUCCACUUGUUACAGAGAUGUUCUCAUUUCUUCCCAGUGAAGACUCCAGCCCCAGCUUUAUCUCUGCUUCUGGUUCUGCAUGGCCCUCCUGUGCCAAUGUUUGGUGAUGCUUCCUCUCCGUGGUCUCACCUGGGCUCCCGUUAGCCCCACUGCCUUCCCUGCUUUGUCCAUGUCCUGUUGUCUUGGUUCAGUCUCCUGUGAACGCUGUGUGCAGCUCUAUGGCUUCCCCCUCAUAACCUGCCUUGUAAGACUCUUCUGCACUUCCUUCCUGUCUACCUGUUCCUCCGCUUCCUCACUGUGCAUGUGUGGUCUUCACUCUGUCUGUGCACCACCAUGUGAGCAAGCCUUUGGUAGUCCCCUGGCCUCAAUCCAUAGAGUGUGCUCACAUCUCUGGAUCAUCUGUACAAUCAAUGUGUCAGUUGUUGCUUCCUAACUGCAAUAGCAGAUUAUUGAGUUAAAGCCUUUUCUAUCCCACAAGACCCAGUUCAAAUGUUCUUUUCUCCAUUUACAUCUCUCAUUUGAGUGUCCUCUAAGAUUUCAGUCUGCCUAAUGUAUGAACCAUAGUAGUAACAGUGUAUUUAUUUUUAUGGAACUUACACUUUGAAAUUUUAGCUGAUUUUGGGUCUGAGGAGAUGGUUCAGUGGGUAAAAUGCUUGGUGCAUAGGCAUGUGAGUUCACAUCCCCAGAAUCCAUGUGAAAAAGCAUGGCAGCCCAUCUGUGUAAUCCCAGUCUAUGAAGUCUAUGAAGGCAGAGACAGACAGAUCCUUAGAGCUCACUGGCCAGCUGGUCUAAACUAAUAAGUGAGCUACAAGUUCAAUGAAAGGCUGGUCUCAAUGAGAUGGUGAGGGAUGGAGGAACAGCACCCGGUGCUGACCUCUGUCCUCCAUGUCUUUGUAUAUCCCCCUCGCCCCACACUUUUAAUUUUAAAAGUGUUUUAUUGGAAGCUCUUAAAAGGCCAGAACUUGCACUUCAUCAUCUCUGCCUCCAUAGUGUGUUUCAUAAGCAUGUGCUAAUUACUGACUUGAAAUGAGGACUGUUUCUCAUGGUUAGAUGGAAUAGUGGGCCGGGUGUUGUCAUUACCUUCAGAAAUAUGACUAAGACCGUGUAAACCUAGAGAAAGUUGGGAGUGACCAGAGUCUUCCUGAAAUAUUCCACUGUCUGUCCUUGAUUGGCGGCGAGUGAAGAGCUGGCUCUCAUCUUCCCAUCCCAGCAGUGUCUGCUGUUCACCUCUUUCCAUAACUCUGGCAAGGCAGGGGCAGCAGGGGCUGCAUUUCUCCAUGACAUAUUGGCUGAUCUUAGUGUCAAAACACAGCAGUAAAACAUACAGCCCGUAAAUGAGCAGCAGCAGUGUACCUUCAUACCUGGAAAUGAGAAGUGUGUGUAAUUGAGCCAAUCUAGAAUAAUUUGUAAACAAUGUUUUCUAACAAGCAGCAUUCAAAAAGUCAAGGAACUAUUCUGAAACACUUUUCUUGCCCAGCCUUGGUUAUAGAGAUUUUUCUAACUAAAACUAGUAAUGGACACUUUCCAACUUAUUUCAUUGACAUACUUACUACAUUCCCCAAAUUAAUAAUGAGAAAAGAGCAUACUGUUAGAUUUUUCUGGUAUAGGAACUUUGUGUGAAAUAUUCCAAAUAUGUUAGAUUUAUAUAGAAGUUUGCGAUUUGCUUUACAGAGAUUUUGAAGAAAUUUGGAGGUAGGAAUUUACUGGCUCUUGAGAUAGGGUUUCACUGUGUAGCCCAGGCUGGUCUUGAACACUAUAUACCCUUGAUUGGCCUCAAAUAUUCAAAUUCACAGUUCUCCUACCUCUUCUACUUGAGUUUUGGGGUUUCAGGUCUGCUUUAUUUCCCCCUUUGACUAUUUUAUUGUAACUAAAUUUGGUUUAUACUCACAAGAGAUCAAAGAUAUUCUUAAAAAAUGAACUUCCAACUUAAGGCACAAGAAUUUGGUUUCCCACCACUUUAAUGUAAUUAUUAGCUAAUUUCAUCACGUUUGAAUAUUUUUAUUUUAUUUCAUAGCCAUUGAAUCACUUUUCUGCUAUAGCUAAUAAUAAUAAUAGUUUCUGAUUUCCCUAAUGAGGGAAUCUAUUUAUAUGUGCUUGGAUAUUGUCAUGCUUCCUGUCACAGAUGACAGCUGAAUCCCAGGGUUCUUUGCUCAGUAGCAGCCUGGCUUUUCAUUUUCAUUUUGUUUUUCUCCCUAUUUGGGCCUCAUCUGGACACAUACAUGUGUGGCCAUAUGAUUUAUUUUUCUUUAUUUUGUGGUGCCCAGCAUAAUGCUAAACACGUAGGACAGUGAUUCUCAACUUGUGGAUUGCAACCCUUUUGAGGUCGAACAGCUCUAUCUCAAGGGUCAGACUAUCUGCAUAUCAGAUAUUUACAUUAGGAUUCAUCACAGUAGCAAAGUUACAGUUCUGAAGUAGCAAUGAAAAUGUUGUGUUUGGGGAUCACCAUAACAUGAAAUGUAUUAAGGGAUCACAGCGUUAGGAAGGUUGAGGAUCAUUGGCCUAGGAGAUGCUGAGGCUGAUUUGGGAAGUUUAUAUCUACCCACAGAGUCCCUUGCUUCUUCAUUUUCUUGGGCCAGCUAGGUGUGGAGAGAUUAUGGGAAAGCAACAGGUUUCUAAUAUUGACAUGUAACAUUGGUUGUUAGAGAAGGCUGCAGUUCCUUCUGUUCUGGAAAGAUGGGAGAAACUGUAGAAAUGAAGGGGCUUCUGCUUGUUCUCCAAGCUUUUGUGACUGUGACCACUUCUAACCAAGGCCAGGCAAUCAGCAACCUCGUAGAAGACAGCACUAGUAGUCGGAGCUUUAAGUGACAACAAACUGGGAAAGUUCUGAACAAGGAGGCCAUGGUAAAAAGGAAGAGGGAAGCCGGCUGAUGAUGGAAAGGAAGAAGAAGCCAUCAGUAGUUGUGUGAAGAAAUCAGCUGAGACUGGAGUAGCUGCUGAAGUGACAGGUCCUUGAGAAGUGAGUUGAAGUAACGUUUUAGAAAAACUACACUACUAAGCCAUUAGACUGCAAAAAUUCUCUCUGUAAUUAUGUUUUACAUACGAGCAACAAUUAUUUAAAGCUUACCAGUAAACUUGGUUGUCAAAUAUUAUGCCAAAAACCGCUCCUACACUAACUGUGUACACUGCACAGUCUCGGAACAGGGGCCAGCAUGAGAGUGUUGAAACCUGGAAAAGGGUGGUUUGAUUUACUGUCUGCAUUACAGCCUAAGUCAUUCAAGAACAGUGCUUAGUAUAAUACCGAAAUUGCUUGUGUAUUUGUGGGGAAAAGAUUGUUAUGUUUUACAUAGAGAAAAAUGAUUUAACAAAAAAUUGUUCAAGACCUGUACUGAUUUUUAAAAAUUUGAUUAAUGAAAGGUAUUUGUGGCUUAAAUAAAUUGAAUAAAUGUU